AUCGUAUGAUUGUGUGUGAUUUGUGUGUGCGUUUCCUGCAUGCGCUGCUAAUGUUCGAUAGGACUGCUUCUGUUCAGAACCAAGCAGUGUGCAUUCUUCCCGCACGGUCAUUUUGGUAUUGCUGGGAAUUGGCGUUUUUGUGUGCUGUAUGUGUAUUGAGUGCACAAAAUACACCUGUGCUGCUGGAUCUGGAUUCGCAUAUUUUGUGAUAGACUCUGCCUGUCGGAAAUGAGCUAGGACAUUUAUUCCAACAAGUUUAAAUCAUCAUGGAGCCAGGAAAAUACCCGCUGCUUUGACAAGUAUGAUGUCUUUAGACGAGUUUUCGGAACGUGUGCUACGUGGAACCUGCAAACAUAACGGGAAGAUAUUAGGAGCAAGUCAACAAAUGUGGAUGGGUGUGUGUGUAUGUUGUGGAUUGCUCGGUAAAUACAAUGCAGUCAGCUGCUGGAAAAUGAAGUAGACGAAUGUCAACUUCGAUACACAUUGACUGUGUCAAGGAUAAUGGAAUGAAUUUAUGAAGUAUGAGGAAUAGGAUUAUUAUUAUUAUUAUUACAAAUUUAUUGCCAAUUUACUCUCUAUCUUCCAAUUAACAUGGCGCAAAACCAUGAAUUAAGCACCUCGCCCCUGGCAGGUGGUGGGCAGGUUUCACUGACGAGAACGCUUUCAGGGGGCAGUGAGAGCACUAACCACAGUCUAAAUCAUGGUGUUCUUCCUGUUACAAGUCUAUGCACAGCAAUGCAUGACUAUGAAUCUACGGCAGACGAUGAGCUGACCAUUCACAGGGGCGACCUGGUAGAAAUAAUCUCCAAAGAUCACGCCGUUUCUGGCGAUGACGGAUGGUGGAUGGGGAAAGUCGGUGACCAACAAGGGAUAUUUCCAAAUAAUUAUGUCAGUGAUUCACAGUUCAUUCUCGAAAAGGAAAUUAAUUACGGAGUUAACGAAAUUGAUUUCAACGAAAUUCAGCUGAAUGAGCUGAUCGGUGUGGGCGGUUUUGGCAAGGUAUUCCGCGGCUCAUGGAGAGGAGAGGAGGUCGCUGUGAAAGCCGCAAAACACGAUCCAGAGGAAGAUGAUAAUGUGCGGUCAACUAUUGAUAACGUCAGACAGGAGGCAAAACUCUUCAGUUUAUUAUCGCAUCCCAACAUUAUAUCACUCCGAGGGGCGUGUCUUAGGGAACCUCAUGUGUGUAUAGUUAUGGAAUAUGCAAGGGGCGGCUCGCUGAACAGAUUACUCUUCGGGAAGAAGAUGGCUAUGCCGCCAAACGUUCUAGUAAACUGGGCUUACCAAAUUGCCGAUGGCAUGAACUACCUCCACUGGGAAGCUCCAAUCCCUCUCAUCCAUAGGGAUCUCAAGUCUAGCAAUAUUCUCCUUGAUCAGAAGGUUGAGCAUAGUAACAUGUACAACAUCCAGCUGAAGAUCACCGACUUUGGUCUCGCCCGUGAGAUGUACAAGACAACCAGGAUGAGUGCUGCAGGGACGUACGCCUGGAUGGCUCCAGAAGUAAUCAAGUCAUCUCUCUUCUCAAAAAGCAGCGAUGUCUGGAGCUUUGGGAUCCUGUUAUGGGAGCUACUGACGGGAGAGGUCCCUUACAAAGGUAUUGACACUCUGGCUGUAGCGUAUGGCAUCGCUGUCAACAAACUCACACUCCCUAUUCCAUCAACAUGCCCAGAAAUCUUCUCAAAAAUGCUGUUAGACUGCUGGAACUACGACCCCCAUGAAAGGCCGACGUUCAGUGAGAUCAUGCAGCAGCUCAAAGACAUCUCUGAGUCUCCGUUCAUCAACACGCCUCAGGACUCCUUCCAUAUCAUGCAGCAGGACUGGAAGGAAGAGAUUCAAGAGAUGUUUGAUGAACUCAGGGUCAAGGAAAAGGAGCUGAGGACGAGAGAGGAUGAGCUAUCCCAGGCUGAGAUCCAGCAGAAGCUCCAUGCUGCCCUGCUGAAGAGGAGGGAGCAGGAUCUGGCGGAGAGGGAGAUCGAGCUCCUGGAGAGGGAACUCAACCUGGUAAUCACACAGCAGCAGCAGGACGAGAAACCAGUCCCUAAGAAGAGGCACGGCAAGAUCAAGGCUAACAAGCUUAGACGCAGCAACAAACGCAUCAGUACUCCUCAAGAUUUCCAUCAUAAAUUGACAGUAAAGGCUGACCCCUCCUUCCAGCGUGGCGGAGGAGACCCCCGUUCAUCACACCUCAGUCCAGAGGAGAGUCCACCCAAGAGCCCCAUUCCUAGGUUACGGGUCUUUGCAUUACCAAAGGAACAGCCAAAGGGGAAGACAUGGGGUCCAAGCACAAUGCAACGGAAAACACGCCAGAAGACAUUCCGUCCUCAUACACUGUCAGAAGCUACUGCCAAGAAGUUCACUAGCGCCCCCAACCUCAUCCAUGGCAAGUCGCCACUCUCACCGAUGCUAGAUGGUAACUGGCAAGUGAGUCUAGCCAACCCUAAGCCUAACUGGCUAGACGUUGGUCCCACACCGGACCAUGAAGACGAGGACACCCACGACCCUAAGAGAGAUUCUCUAAGACGCAAGUCAAGUAAACCAGGAAUGGCCGAGACGGGUCUGUACGGCGCUGCUGCAAUCCUGGCCUCGGUGGCCCUAGGGUACGAUGUCCGCACUACUAAUCUGGCCAUCUACCAGAGCGGAGAGCUUGAGCAUCGGAGAAAGGAAUAUGCCAAGCAGGCGUCGGCAGACGAGGUCAGCACGCAGACCAGCGACAACGACAUGAACGGUUUAGAAGACGAGGACUACCUAUCCAUCAGCUCGACGGCAAACCUGACAAAGAACUGGGUUGCGGCGCCUCCGAGCACCGGGAUGUGGAAUGACACGAAUGCUACGAACAACCAUCAACCACCUCCUCCUACGCAGUUAUUAGUGAAACAGAACCCUGCUUACCUUGAUCAUAGAGACUCGUUACCCAAUGACGAACAACCGUUGCCGACGGUCAGGACUCACAGACGCACAGCAUCGGCUGAUGAUAACCUGAACAGUAUGCGUAGGACAAGAACACCGUCUGAUAGCUCAACACCAUCUACCAAGUGGGACAGUACCGGGGAUCAGUGGAGUACAUGUAGUCCAGGAUCGGAUGUGUCCUCACCGUUCAGGAGCCCACCUCAAGUUCCUCCCCGCAGGACUAGCUUUGUGGGAGAUUCACAGAUGGAGAGGCCUUCCUCGCUUGACAUCUGUGCCCGACCCCGCCCUCACUCCAGAGUAUACCUCACACCCCAGAACCAGUCUUCAAAUGAAUCACCUCAUCGGAGGGUAUCAUCAUCAGCCAACACUACACCACGUCAUAGUUACCACGCAGACUCAUCAACAGCCAGCUAUAGUAGCCACAGCAGCAGUAAUGCCUCAGGUGCCACCUCGCCCCCCUUAUCUAAUACCACCCCUCACCAUGCACCCUUCCAGCACUCCUUCUCCCAGCCUCAAACAACACAGCAGGUGCAGAAGUAUCAGCAUCAACAUCAACAACAACAGCAGCCCUAUCAACAGCAGUCCCAUGUAUAUAAUGCCCACUACCAGCAACAGUCACAGGUUUCACACCACCAAUCAUCGCAACAUCAGGCAACGCAGCAGCAGCACCACCACCACCACACCACGCCCACCCACCAGCACCAAUACCAACACCAUCCCCAACACCAACACCACCAGCAGUAUCAUCAGGGGGUCGUCAUCAACAAUCGCCCCUCUUUACUGGACCAGGAUAUGGAGGGACAGAAGAGGGACCCUACCCGCACCCUCGAAGCUAAGCCAACGAAAGAACCUUCAGUAAAUGCCCUUAUUAAAGAGUUCUUAUGAUCAAGGCUUUAGCAGAGGAAAUGAUGGCAAACUUUGUAGGAUUAAUGUAACCACCACUAGCCAAACAGAAAAGUCUCAGUUUACUGUAUAGUUUGUAUUCUUCCAACUAACGUAUAUAAUAACAAAUAUAUGAAUUGAUUUUUUAAUUCUAAUGAGCCAGUUUGUGAAUACUAUCUGCGCAUUGGCAGGUAAAGGUCAUUUGUUCCCAAAUUGUAAAACCAGACACAUACUGGUAUCGUGCUCGUGAAAGUAUCAGUAUUCAUUUAUGCACCGACAGUACAUUUAUACGAUACACAGGUGGAAGUAUUCUUUUCAAGAGGCAAACAGAAGGUAUUCAUGAAGCACCUCCAUAACUUCGGCAGUAAUUAUUCUAAAAUGCACAAGUGGGACAUAUCCAUCGUGUUAAAGAUCAGUGGAUAUUUGGGGGUCAUGUGUACCGAAGCUAUAUUUACGAACUGGCUUAUUGGAAUUUGGUGUCGGGGACUUAUUUGUAUCAACUUCUUGACAUUUAUGAUUUAUCUGAACACAAUUUCUUUCUGUUGGCAAAUACAUUAUGCUGAUGAUAGUGGAUAAGUAGUAAAUGUUCUAUGUCAUCAUUUAUAUCACUUUGUUCAGACAAGUUUGCCCAUUAUGAAUUAUAAUGUCAUGACUAUUCUUUUAAAGUGGCCUCAUCAUUUUUUGAAAUAUUUCAAUGCCUAUUACAUAUCAAAAUAAUCCCCCCAUCCAAUCCUUCAUGUCAUAUAAAACAUGAUCAAAUGUAUUGGUAUUCAAUUCCUUAUGUCUGAAUUUUGUGUCAAUUUCCAGGGAAUAAUGUUGGAUGAGACUGAGAGCUACUUUAGAUCUGAGAUUUUGUUGAUCUCAUUAUUGAUAAUUUCAUGUUGAAUGAUAUCUUGUCUUUGAUUUUUUUUCCAACAAAAAAAUUACCUGUCAGAUAGCCAUAACAAUUUGGUCUAUUGGUAGCCUCUUUUUUGUUGAAAGAAGUCUCAACCAUUUGCAGUUAUUGUCAAUCUAAAAUAAUAUCCUCAUUAGAGAGUUGCAUAUAUCAAAUCACGGCAUUGAAAAAGAGAAAAUGUUAUACAGACUCUCAAAGAGUUACUGAUUAUAUUACGACACUUUUAGAUAGUUGCAGUAUUAGUGAAAGGGUAUAUUUUUUCACAAAAAAAAAAAUUGGGUCCUCUUCUUUUCCGUUUGGAUGAAAAUUCUUUACAAGUUUGAAAAGUUUUAUAAAAAUAAUUAUAUCCUCAUUUUAUGAAACAUGUAAAGCAGUCCUGUGUUGAUUGUUUCGCUGAAAAGUUAAGCUCAAACGUUCUUUUUAUGUUUACUAUCUUCCAUAUUUAGCUUGUGUGGGAGUGUAGUACGUACAAUUUGUUUUGGCGUCAUCUAGUUGCUUAAAAAUGGUUGACACUAUCUUAAGACAAAAGGAGGGUUUUCUUGUUAAGUUUUAAAAAAAAGGAGUAGUUUAAGAAUGGUUUCCUUGUCUCAUCAUGAAAUGAGGCAAAAUGUGUCAAACAGUUAUGAAGAGUGGAAAACAGUUUUUAAAAGAUGAUCUAGCUAUCUUAGUGUAUGGUUAUUUGCUUUAGUGAAAGUGUGAAGAUAUUUUUGCAGGGAAUUAUGUAUUGCAUUAUGAGUUGCCUUUUUUUAUUGUUUUACUGAAUAAGGUGCUGCAUUAGUUUAGUAAAUGAAUGAAUGGCUUUCAUUCUUAAAAGUAAUGCAAGAAAAUGUACUUUGAUAUGUAUGUAUUUUAAUUUUUUCCCCGACAUAUUGAAAACCAUUUAUUUUCUCAUUUACCGGUAAGCUUGUCAUUUAUAGUACAUAUAAGAUCAGUGAAGUGAUAAUGAAACAGAAAAUUAAAUGCUUUCUGUAUUACUUUAAAACAGAUUUUUCUAGGUGUUGAAUUAUGCGUGACCUGUUGGUUGUAAACAGCAUUUCUUAUGGUCUGUGUCGGCAAAUGAUGGAAUUACCCCACAUUCAUUUUUCAAAGCCGAUUUUGAAGUGUGUUUUAUGAAACUUAUGAAAAAACCUCGCCCAAAUCAAAUAAAAAAAAUAGAAAAAGACUACCCGGUAAUGGUGUUAGAGGAAUCCACAUCACAUUAUUUUCAAAUACCGGUACACAAAAUAUUCGUUCUUAUUGAAAAAGAUAGGUUAGACCGAAUCUCUCACUCUAAAUUGUGAGCACUCGUCUAGAUAUCUCUUGCCAUUCAAUAAUACUCUUGUAUGCUUGUUUGCACUAUUGACACACUCUGUACAAAUAAAUACUAAGGUGGGUCAGAUUAAUAACAAGCAUUGAUAAGGAAGAAUGCUCUCUCUCUCUCUCUCUCUCUCCUAUUCAGCUGGAGAUAGUAUUGCUAUGUUGUAGUCAAGAAUCAGUGUGUUUUUUCCCAUAAAUAUUGUGUUCAGUAUUCUUGAAAGCAGACCAACUUUAUGCUUUGUGUGUACCAGACUUUAAAUAGUCAAUAAAUUACUGUAUAAGCUGUUAGUUUAUGGAAUUUUGCUAUUUUUUGUAUUGUAGGGUUGUAAAUUUAACAACAAGCAAUCCACAUGCGAACAUGAGCUGGUAUGCAUUGUGCGAAGAUUUAUUGUAAGUAGCCUGUGUUACAUAUUGCAAUAACAACUCUUGAUAACGACAGUGUUCAUGUCAUCUUUAAAGUUUCUUUAGGCAAAAGUAUCGGCUUAAACAGUAAUCUAUGAAGUCCCAAGUGUCAUCCACUUCGUUCCAUGAAAAUCUCAUGCUGUAAAUUAAGGAAAAUACAAAUAUUUAGUAGCUGUAAAGUUCAUUUUCAUUUUUUUAUUUCAAGACCAAAUUCUUUUUUCCUUUAUGAUAUUAAUGCAAUUUUCACUACACUUAAUGAUAUGGAAGGAAUUGUUUGACACUUGGCCUCCUCUAAAUUAGUGAACACAGUUAAUCCUUAGCCUUCGAGAACCGAGUAGUCCCUGUAUUAUGUCGAUAGAACUGAUAUACCAGUAAUUCUGUAGUCGGUGGAUUAAGCUUGGCUUAUUAAAGUUGGAAUGCUUUCAAGAAUAUGGCCAAUGUGGUUUGUUAAUCUCAGGUCAUGUCAAAUAAACCAGUGCUGCAGUCGAGACAAUGAAACUAGUGAGAAAUAUACAAUACCGGCCAUAGGUGAAGCCAAUUAGUGUAGUGUAUUAUAGAUUAAUCAAACUUACAUAUCUUUUUAAGGAGUACUAAGAUAGCAGUACUAUUAAAAAAAAAAGAUAAACAUGAAUUGUGAAAUGAAUAUUGAGAUUGUAAUGAGGAAUGAUCCACAUGGACACCAAUACUUCACUUGGGAUGCACAGAAAGACAUACGAGUGUGGAAUCCAGUUAAGAGGAGACCUAGCAGCAUCUGUGCAGCUUGGGAUAGAAUAUCUUUUCUGAUUGACAAAAGAAAAAAAUUAUAGAUAUGGGAAGUAAAACCAGAUCAACAAGAUGUAGGAAGUAUGAGAAGAUGGUGCAGUGUAUUUGAAUCAUGUUCUAUUUCAGGUGUGUUGAUAGGAUACUGUGAUGGAAUUGUGUAUGAAAGGGCUCUCUUUCAAAGUCUGUACAGCAGUUGGAGAAGAAUAUUUAUUUGAAAUAUGCCAUUCUUGCAUUCAGGUGUUGUGGAUUUGUAGGAUACUGAUCGUUAUGUGUCGAAAUUUUCUGUUUUUAAAUGAUCAGUAUUCGUCAGGUUGAUGAAACCAAAAAGGAAAUAUAGUCAUUGUGAUUUUUGCUGCUGGUGGUAUGAGUACUGAUUCAAAUUAUUUGUUUCUAAAGCAGAUACUUAAAGGGUUUGCAGUGAUCAUUCAUAAACAUUCAAGUGACUGUGGUCGUAUAAAAGUCCAGUGAUUUUUUUUGUGGGUGUGUGAUCUUUGAGUUCUGAUACUCCAAAAUCAAUGCAUCCUGCCUACUAAGCCCUGCUUGCGUGCAUACCUGCUGCAAAAUGCACAGCUGCAUCUACUGUUUACACCCUUCCUAUUUCUCUUCUUCUCCUCAAGCCAUUACACAAGUCCUAUCAAGUACAGGACGUAGAAUUUGGCCUUGGGGUCGUACCCAAGGUCUUUGAGAGUACAGGGUUCUGGUAGGAGGGACGGACCAAACGGUGUAUUGUUUUGUUCCUCUCCACGGUCAAUUGAAAGCAUUGAAAGAUCUUGUUGUAAUCAGUGUCAGGCUUCCACUUCCUUAGUAUUUAUUUUGACAUUUGAAAAACAAAUCUAGACUCUGAAAGAAGAAAGAAAGAAGAAAUUUUGUAUCCCUCUUCAGAUAUUAGAUUGGUGGUAUGAUAACUAGCAUUAACAUACAUCAUUUUUCUUUCCUGAAUCAAUGCUUAUAGUGAAAAAAUCUUAUUGCAAGGAUUACUUUAUAAAGAUGAUUUUGGAUUAAAAAAACAAACAAAGUUGGCCACAUCUAUGAAUGAUGAGUUUUCUUUAAUUUACGGUACCAGCUUGUUAUCACCCCCACCUCUCAUUCUCACACAUGUGGAUAACUUCUUCAUUAUUCUGUGGAGAAGAUAUCAUGUCACGUGCCAAAGAUGUCAUAAAAGUGAUAUGAAUUUCCAAAAGUGUGAAACACAGCAAUUAGGAAACCUUUUUUAAAAUUUAAUUUUCUUUAAGUUGCAGGAGUUUGAAAUAUUCCUGACACCCUAAUGUAUUCACUGAUUCACCAUUACUGAUUUGAUUAUCAAAUACAUGUAUUCAAUAUCUCACCUGCUUGUCCUCGCACAUGUAUUCGCAUUAUUCACAUUUAAGAUUAGGAAAGAUUUACGACUGCAAUACCUCUGAUAUAUUAGCAGUGAAAGUGGUCCAUAAUUUGAUCAUCAACUUUUCUACAGAUUGUAGGGGGUCAAAUUCCAUUUGCCACCGAAUGAAAUAGAUCAGAAGUUAUGAUUACAGUAACAUGUAAUGUAUGAAAAUUUAGUCCAUCCCGCUAUUCAACGUUAAUGAUCUAAGAAAUAUCUCAAAACAAAUGUCUUUGUUACAUUAAAGAAGACAUAUUUUCUAUUGUCCAAAGUUUGAUGCCAUAGCACUUUUAUUUAAGAAUAUAUUUGAAAAUAUACAUUUUGUGGUUCAAAGAUAAAAUUGAAUGUUCAGAAAAUCUUAGGUCUUUGAAAGGACAUUAUUCUUUUACAUUGGCAAAAAGUAGUGGGCACUGUGGUAGUAAAAGUUUUGUCUGAGUAAGUGUGUUUAAUAUUUGUAGAAGAGAGAAAUCUGAGAGGGUAAUAUAUUCAUAAGUAUAUGUAUGUGUAAUGUAAUGUACUGAGCGUAAUAGUACUAAUUGUCUUAGGAUGUUAUUGUUUUGUAUUCAUCCUGUGUAAUUUCUGGUGCAACUUCACACCCCUAUUCACAUCGCAUUUUAUUACCAUUGAUUCUUAUUCCUUUGAAUUCCAUUCCAUCAGAAAUUUUGUUGUUAUCAACAUUGCAUUUGCAGAGUCAAUAUUAUGAUUUGUAAACUGAAUUGUGUCUGUAUAUAUUGCACUUUUGAAAGUAACAGACAAAUAUAUUUUUAUGACCAGUUAUCCUGGAUAGCUUUCUUUAUGAAGACCUCUAUUGUAUGGAGAUUCCAGAUUAUGUAUCCUUGUCUGCCUGUGUGUUGUGUUGUUCCUUUUUAUAUUGUUUUUUUUUUUGUCUUUGGCUUUAUGAUGAUUAAUCCUGACUGCGUGUGUAGACCUGGAAAUCCAUUCAAUUGCAGGAAAUGUGAAGUUUUCCUUUUCACUUGAUAUCAAAAUGAUUAUAGAUUUCAGUUCUGAUAUGUGUAUGUAUGUGUGUGUGUGUAUGUGUGCGUGAUCUAAUACCCAUUUAUCCAUUGGGGUUGUUUGCUCAAAGAAACAAUAUGGUAUCCUUGAAGGGUUAUUUUAUAUUAUUUUCACCCACUUACAUUGCUUAAGAGGUUAUGUUUUGCUGUCAUGUUGUGAGAUUUUAUGAUGUUUGAUUUCUGCUUUUUGUUUUUUUAAGUUUCUAUUUUUUUCCACAGCAGACAGGAAAAUGAAUUAUGUUCUUCACUCAAAUGUAUUCACUCACAUAUUACAAGGGAACACUAAUUUGACAAUGUAUUCAGUAAUUUUCUUUUAAUAUUACAAUAAGGUUCAUUUGAAUUUCCAAAUAAAACAUCUAAUUAAUUUGCAGGGUAAUCUAAUAGGAUAUAAUAGGUAAUGUUUGUUACUUUACGACUUUGUCUUUCGUGCAUAUUUCUUUUCUUUUUAAAGAUUUUUUUUAAUAGACUAUGUAUAUCUUAACCUUUAUACUCACCGUUUCUUAUAAUAGUUUAAAUUUUAGCUUUUCACUUGGUUCUAUACAUUGAAAACUAAUAAUGAUAUUAUUGGUGUAUUCCCCAUUUUUCUUUCUACAUUUUUUAUUUCCCCUUCUCUCUUUGAAAAGAUGUGAUAAGAGAUUCUGUGGUUCAACUCACUGUCUCCUUAUCCACUCAGUGAUUACGGUAUACAAAUGUUAACAUCAGUGAAAGCCAAAGGGGUCCAUGCUGUUUUGCUUUGAAAUCUGAAUAUGAAAAGUUAAAAUCUUCACCAAUUUCACAUGUCUCCCUCUCUCCCAUGUACUACUUUACAAAUGUGUAGUCUGUUUAAGAAGAGAAAUAAAUCCACAAUGUAAAUUCCAUGUGUGAUUCAUGUUUUUAACAAACAAAAAUUAAAUGCAGUUUUUUUCAUUGAUGUGAGCAGAAGUAUGUAGUUACUGAAGUGAAGUGUAUAUCGUCUGUUUGGAGCCAUAAAGGCAUUAACUCUGUGUAAAAUGAGAUGAGUCAAUGCCCUUCUGCCCCAAACAGAUGACAUUUUCUGUUCAGUGCCAGAAGGGUGUUAAUUAUGUUCUAAAGUAUAUGGGUUAUUGCCUUUCUGGCUUCAAACGGACGAUAGCAUGGUUUCCAGUGGGGAUUUUGAUGCCUGACAAGAGAUUCUCAUACUUGUAAAGCUUUUCAAAACCACAAACUUUUAGGUUUCGUGAUUACCCGUCAUCCUCUUGUACCAUCUCUUACAAUUUGGGGAAACCAGUUUAACAAUAUUAAAGAAUGAAGCCAAAUGUGAUGUUAUAGUAAGAUCUUGUGUUUUAGCUUUCAGAUAAUGUAUUUAUUAUGUUUGUACUAAUGCAAUACUGACAAUGUAAUGUGUAUGUAAAAAUAGGUUUGUUUUAAGUAUUCUAUUAGUGCUGGAUACACACUACUACAGCAAGUUUACCAAAAAAGCAGUUAUAAUGAUAUGAUAGAAAAAGUCAGUACGUUUAAAAGAUUAUGUGAGAAUGUAUAAUUUUGCUUCAACGAUUUUGUUUUAAAAACAGAUAAGUUUGUACUACUGUAUGUACAGCAUUUUCCUUUUUUCUUUUUUACUUAUUUGUGUAUAUUUGUUCCAGUUUGUACAAUAUCUAUAUAUCUAUACAUAUAUGUAUUAUUAUCCAACCUCACAUGUAUAUCAUUCCUGUCAUUUUAUUAUCAUUUAAUAUGAUUAUAUAUAGAUAUAUUUGAUGAUUUGUAAACAGAAGCAGACACAAAAAAAUAUUGAAUUGAAAUAAGGAUAUUAAAAGAUGUGAAGUUGGCAGAUUUUGUACAAAAAAGAUU